GUGGCUUUCAGGCUCUGAGAACUGAAUGUAAGGUUUGGGUUGGGAAGUGUAGACUUUUGGUUUCACUUCUUACUCUGUCAGUGGCUCUCAAGUUCGUCCCCACAACAGCAACCUCACCUCACACUCUCAUUGGGAGUGGGUUGCUAGAGAACGUGAUAGAAAUCUCUGUGAGGACAAGUUACAAAGUCCGGGACCAGUCAGGCCUGUGCUUUGGCUCCCGAGAACUCUGAAGAACAGAAUCCCUGUCCUCCGCACCCUCCUGCUGCUGCUGGCUGCCGCCCUAGGCUCCGCCCAGACCCAGGCAGGCUCGACUCGCUGAGGCAUUUCCGCACCAUCGUGUCCCGGCCCCUCCGUACGUUGCCAUUGGCUACGGGGACAAUUCGCAGUUCGACAGAGAAGCGGAAACUCUGAGAGCCAGGCCGCGGGUUCCGUGGGUAGAGCAUGAGGGGCCGGAGUACUGGGAGCGCGAGACGCGGAUAUUCAAGGAGCACCCACAGAAUUUCCGAACGUGACUUCGGAACCUGCUCCACCUCUACCACCAGAGUCAGGACGUUUCUACAGAAGCCAAUCAGCGAAAAGGUGGUUGCAAAGUUCCACAGUCAAGAGGAAGAAAGACCACAGAAAUGAGGACCAGGUCUUCUGCUACCUGGCUCACGCUGCUGGCCAGCUCCUUAGUUCAGAUCCAGAUCCAGGCUAGCUCGCACUCGCUGCGGUAUUUCUACACGGUUGUGUCCCGGCCCGGCCUCGGAGAGCCCCGGUUCACCAUCGGCGGCUACGUGGACGACACGCAGUUCGUGCGCUUCGACAGCGACGCCGAGACUCCGAGGGUAGAACCGCGGGCGCCGUGGGUCGAGCAGGAGGAGCCGGAGUAUUGGGAGGAGGAGACACGGAAAGCCAGGAACACAGGGAAGAACUUCAAAUUGAACCUGAAGACCCUGCUUGGCUACUACAACCAGAGCGACAACGACCGUCACACGCUGCAGUGGAUGUACGGCUGCGACCUGGGGCCGGACGGCCUCCUGCUCCGCGGGUACUGUCAGGAGGCCUAUGACGGCCGCGAUUACAUCGCCCUGAACGAGGACCUGCGCUCCUGGACCGCACACGACACGGCCUCACAGAUCUCUAAGCGCAAGUCAGAGGACGUAGACGAGGCCCACCACCAGAGGGCGUACCUGCAGGGCGCGUGCAUAGACUGGCUCCAGAGAUACUUGGAGUUGGGGAAUGGCACCCUGCUGCGCUCAGAACCCCCAAAGGCACAUGUGACCCAUCACCCCAUACUGAAAGGAGAUGUUACCCUGAGGUGCUGGGCCCUGGGCUUUUACCCUGCUGAGAUCUCCAUGACCUGGCAGUUGGAUGGGGAAGACUUGACUCAGGACGUGGAACUUGUGGAGACCAGACCUGCAGGGGACAGAACCUUCCAGAAGUGGGCAGCUGUGGUGGUGCCUUCUGGGAAGGAACAGAGAUACACAUGCCAUGUGCACCAUGAGGCCCUGCCUGAGCCCCUCACCCUGAAAUGGGAACCUGAUUGGUACCAGAAAUUCAUCAAAAAUGACGAGUCCAUGAUUCUCAUCUUCCUUCUGCUCAUCCUCAUCAUCAUCCUCUUCUACCUCCUCAUCUUCAGCAUCAGGGCUCGGGUGUUUCACAUGCAUAUGAAGAAGAAUGAAGGUAGAGAAGAGAUGUGCUCUGAGUUUUCCUGUCCCACUGAGGGUGUCAGGCCAUAGGUAGUAUGUGCCCUGCUUAGGUAAUGGGGUGUAUUCUCCACGUCUCUGUCUGCUUAGUCUGGGACAUUUUUGUUGAACCUUCAGAAGUAGAGCAAACUGAAGGGCAGUUUUUGCUUGGGGAUGGUUCUGGUGACUGAGACCUCAUGCCCAGCAGUCACAGGCAGAGGUCUCACUGAGGACAAAACUCCAGGAAGGCAUUACAUCACCUCAGUUCUGGAAAUCUCCCUUGGGCUCAGGACUAAGGGGCUGCCUCUAGGCCAGUGAUUCUCACUCCACCUGUGGUAACAUCCCCUUUGGAGGUUGCACAUCAGAUGUCCUGCAUAUCAGAUUUACAUUAUGAUUUGUAACAGUAGCAAAAUUACAGUUACUAGUAGCAAGAAAAUAUUUUUCUGAUUGAAGGUCACCACCACAUGAGGAACUGUGUUAAAGGGUCCCAGCAUUAGGAAGGGUGAGAACCACUGGUCUAGGCCCUCAUGACUGCCUGUGCCCAAGCCAUCCGUGCGUGGUUCUUUUCUCAGGUGGGAGAGAAAGGAGCACCACUCAGGAAGCAAGGAAGUGUGGUGAGGGGUGCUCUCUGAGACCCUCGGGGCCAUGACAGCUCCCCAGGCCCAUAGUUCCUUAGUCCCUCCUUCAGCCUCAAGCCUUUGAAGCCUGACCAGGUCCUGC